UGUUAUCGCAGAGUUGUGAUACUGGCGCUACACGUUUUUACAGUAAGAAAAAGAUGGCGACCACCAGUGGCACUGAUCAGUGUGAGUGUGACUGAACUUUCCUUCCCGUACCGGCCCCCCGGCUCAGACUCAGGCAGGUGCUUUGAACACAUGCUGUUGAUCACGCAUUUGGAAAAUAUCUGGUUAUAUUGUUGCGUGCACUCUACAUGUACAUCUCCUCAGACUGUACGAAACAAAUUGGUUGUUACAUGUUUCUGUACAUGUAUUGUGGUAGCGUCCAGCUUGUGAUUGUAGCUGAGCUGAUGGCUAGAGUCCUUCUUUGAAGAGCACAGUAUGUCUGAGAUUGAGCGUUGUCUUGGCAGUCUGCUGGCAGGAUCUCCUCCUUCUGUUCCCGUUCCAAAAUAUGAUUUCUUCUUCAAAGCUCCUGCCAAGACUCAUCAGCGCCCUCUUGUACUGAAAGACAACCUGUCAAUAAUAGUUGCUGCUGUGAUUUUUGAUCAGGAGGAAAGAGUAGUAUUGAUUCAAGAAGCUAAAGCAUCAUGUCGUGGUCGCUGGUAUCUACCAGCAGGACGGAUAGAGCCCAAUGAAACACUGCAGGAGGCCAUCCAGAGAGAGGUACUAGAAGAAACAGGCCUGGAGUUUCAACCAUCAACAGUGGUAUGGGUGGAAAGCAACCAUUUAUUUGGUUACUGGAUGAGAUUUACUUUCGUUGGAUGUAUUACAGGAGGAAGACUCAAAACCUUAGAAGAAGCAGAUAAAGAGUCCUUACAGGCAAGGUGGAUGAGCAUUGAGGACAUACAGGGCCAAGUUGGCAUCAGAUUGAGAGCCCAUGAUGUGAUGUACUUGAUACAGACAGCCUUGGCAUAUCUUCAGAGGGAUGCUAGUCAGAGACACACUCCUAUCAUGCCUGUACUCAACCCACAUAAGCACAUGUGCAUCAGAGUCAUUCUUAUCAAACGUCUACUAGAUGAAGUUCACAUUUUGCUAUGCAUGGAAGAUAAACCACAUUUUCCAAUCAUAAAGGGAACAUCCAUUGCAGAGGAGGCAUUACGUACAUUAGAUAAGGAAACUUUCAGUGCUAGCAACGGCUACUUUUUACGUGGUUUAUUGUGUAUUGAACAUCUUGGUCGACCGCAUGGCUCUGCUGAUGGGGUAUGUCUGAACCUACUUGCUGUAACUGACUUCCAGAGGGACCUCAAGAACCCCAAUUAUAUGUGGCAUAAUAUAGCAAACCCUGAAAUCAAAACUGCACUUCACAAUCGAACACAACAGUAUCGUAGUUUGAAGUGCCCAUAGAAAAGUAACACUAGGAUGUAUAACUCUAUAGAUACGACAUACAAAUAACAAGCAGGUUUAUAGUUUGCAUAUAAACAGUUGAAUAUUUUUUAUAGCGACAUCAAGUUCCUUGCACUUGACCUUCUUGUUACAUACAUGUACAUGUAUAUGGUGGCAAUAUUUUAUUUUAGUAAAGUUUGUUCCAGUGUUUGUUGUAAAUAUUAAUUUGGAAUGUGUAGAAGUUUAAAAUAUGCUGGUCAAGAGCAUUGAAAUGUUCAUAUGGACUUGCUUAGAUAAAAAGUGUUGUGGUCAGUGUUAA